GUGUUGACUCCCCCAGGUGGUACCGCAGGGUGCGUCGCAGCUGGUCGCCUUGCAAAGGCACACCCAUCCUUGAGAAUUCUGAUCCUUGAAGCUGGCCCGCACACUCGCGAAGUUGAAACACACAUCCAGCCUGCUCGCUACGUUAGCAACCUCAGGGGGCGUGGAGAAACGGUCACCUUCCACGUCGGGAAACCAAGCAAAUCUCUGAAUGGGCGAGCUCCUAUAGUUGCCUCUGGACGAGCCUUGGGUGGAGGUUCUAGCGUCAAUGCCAUGGUGUACACUCGUGCUGCGGCUUCAGACUACGAUGACUGGGAAAAAAAUUAUAGCAACAAAGGAUGGGCCUCGAAAGAUCUUAUUCCUCUUCUGAAGAAGGCUGAAACAUAUCAACCUCGAGUAAAGGAUCCGUCUGUUCAUGGUAAAUCAGGCCCAAUCAAAGUGUCAAUUGCUGUCAGUCAGGUUACCAUAGCCGAGCAGUUCCUUGCCGUGUCAAAAGUCUAUGACAAGGAGAGAGGACAGACCGAUGACUUCAAUGAUUUUCGCAAUGUCAACGUAUACGCCAGAUGGCCAAGGUACAUCGAUGGAGAGUCCGGUAGACGUUCCGACGUCCCUCAUCACUACAUCUACACCCAGGAUCAUAACAAGAACUUGACAAUUCUGGACAGGCAGCGAGUCAUUCGCGUCAUCUUUAAGGGAACCAAAGCAGUUGGUGUCGAGUACAUCGCGGAUAAGAUCGUCAAAGCCAAGGGCGUGCAAGAAUCAUCAGUGGCUCGGGCGUCCUACCUUGUCGUCCUUUCCGCAGGAGCAUUUGGAUCACCAGCUAUUCUGGAGAGAUCAGGGAUCGGAGCCAGCGAGCUGCUGAAGAAGAAUAACAUUAAACAAAUCGUUGAUCUUCCAGGAGUUGGCGAACAUUACAUGGAUCACAACCUAAUGUUUACGCCAUUCUGUGGGGCGGAUGAUGUGGAAUCCAUGGAUGAUAUCUUCUAUGGGAAACAGGACAACGUCGCAACACAUGCUGCGCAAUGGCACGACGGAGGCAAGGGUUUGAUGUCCCACAAUGGAACUGACGCCGGCAUCAAGUUGAGACCCAACGCUGAAGAGCUUGGAGAUAUCGGACCUGCAUUUGAGAGCAGGUGGAAGACAUACUUUGCCAAUGCUCCUGACAAGCCUGUCGUGAUCGCGGGGACCGUGGCCUGCCUCACGUACCGGGACCUCAACCCUCCGCCAGGCAAGUACUACAGCAUGCAAUACUUUACAUGCUAUCCUCUAUCCACUGGGCAUGUCCAUAUCACUGCUGGGCUAGAUCCUUACGCUCCCCUUGACUUUCAUCCUGGGUACCUUGACGAUCCGGCUGAUUUAGGUGUCCUGAGAUGGGCAUACAAGUGGACUCGCGAGCUCGCCCGCCGCAUGGAUACGUUCCGUGGCGAGCUGGCAGGCGGACACCCGGAAUUUCCUGCGGGGAGCAAAGCAGCGGCCAAGACCGCCACUUUAGGACCUGAAUCAAUCGAUUCACCGAAGAUCGUCUAUGCAGCUGAAGACGAUGCAGCUAUCGAUGAUUACCACCGAAACAAAGUCGGGACCACGUGGCAUUCUAUCGGUACUUGCGCAAUGAAAGCGCGCGAACAGGGUGGAGUAGUUGAUCCAAGGUUGAACGUCUAUGGUGUUCAGAAUCUCAAGGUCGCAGACCUCAGCAUCGCACCUGACAAUGUAGGAGCAAAUACCUACAACACCGCCAUCGCCAUUGGUGAAAAGGCGGCAUUGAUAAUUGCGGAGGACUUGUAUAGGCACAAAUUGUCGUCCCGUUUGUGA